GGGUCUGCGCUUGGAGCGAAUAAUUCAGUAAAAUCUAUCGCAAGAAACGUUACACCGUGACACGUUUUAAAAGAGUUACGCAUUGUGAUUUAGUUUGUUCCGCAUAAACUGCACCCUCCUUCCCCUUCUUCCACGUGUAACAUAAUUGUGUUUGUAACUACACAAAUUUGCAAGGAAUUCCUCAUAUCUUGGACAUUCAUUUAGAAACAAAAAAGUGGUCGUGAUCGGAAUGGCAAUUGUUUGUUAACUAGAAUCGUAUUCAUUGACUUGAUGAAAAAGUUUUGUAAUUACUUCAGCGAAUCAUGCGACGCGCGAUAGAAAACUGCAUUUAUUCAUUUAACAGUGUCAUUAUUGGCGCUGGCACAUACAUUUUCCUGUGGUAGAAAAUCGUCCACGCUCUUAAAUUUUAAAAAGCUCGGGCCAAUCGAUUCAAUCGGUAUUGAUCUGUUUACUCGAAACACACAUGGGAGUUUCACGAACCUGGUACGUAAUCCUCGUGGUGAUCGCCGCGUGCACCUGCGGUGCACGCACGGAAUGCGGCGAAACUGUGCAAAUUUCAUUUCUAACAAGCGUGCACGAUGAUCCGUCGUGUACGAAGUUAUCGGCGAAGGGUGUUACGCUCUACGAAGCGGCCAAGCUUCUCGCAGAGAUUCAGAACAACAAAACUGACGGAUUCAAAAUCGAAAUUACCGUUUUGGACACGUGUGGGAGUAUAACGGGUGCUCUGAAAGCGGUGAUGAAGGCUUUAGUGUGGGCAGAUAUCAGCUGUUUGCAUCCACCUCAUUAUCUCGGAAUUAUCGGACCGGAUACCCUAACCAACGUCGAGGCGGUACACAAAGUGACUUCGAUAUUGAAAGUACCGCACAUUGUCAAGAAAGCGUCGAUUUCUCCGUAUUUGCACUCUUUAACCGAGGAAUCAAACUCCUACUUAGUGCAGGGAAUCUUGAAAAUGAUAGAAAUCUUGAAAUGGAAAUCCUUCACAUUAGUAGCUAACGUUAAUGAUGAAAACGAUGACGACGUACAAAAUAUUGCAAAGAAGUUAACGAUAAGUGCCAUAGCGAACAACUUAUGUGUUAUAAUUCACGAUAACGAUGAAGAAGAUUAUACGUCACAUAUUGUACACAUUGGGAGACCAGAAGAGAAGUUCUUUAACGGGCCUAAAAAUGCAACCAUACUAAUUGUCAGCGAGGAAAAUUUGAAAGAUUAUUUAAAGCGUAUAAAUUCAACUAACACCAUACUACUUUUAGAAGAUUCCAGAAACGUAAUUAAUGGUCUCGAGUGGAGAGUCAAGAGUUCGCAAUGGUGGGAGCCCGAUAACAGUUUUGGAAAAUACGACGCUAAAGAAUUGAAGCGCGUCAGAUGGCUAGAAAGCGCUAUAGAAAUUUACGUGAAAGCUUUAAAACUGCUAUGUAAAAGCAAAAAGUGUAAAAAUCAAAUAAACCCUCUGGACUGGGAUCAUAUGGUGUCAAACGUAUUAGUGACGCACAAUGCGGAAUCGGAAGCGGCACCGAAAUUCCUCGACCUGUCUAUGAAAAAGAAGACCGGCAAUCUAGAACGGCUGGGUGGCAUAAUAGUUCGCCAGAACAGAACGCAAGUUUAUUGGGGUGAGAGUAAAGCGGACGAGAAAGAAGAGGACGUCGCGGAGGAAACGGAGAAAAGUCGCGGAGCGCGAAAAGGCAACGACAACGUGUCGUACAUGUUUCGAGAACUUCUGAAAGGAGAGAACGAGUCGCGGUCGGGAUGCGCCACAGCCGUCAAAGAGAUUAAGAUGUUGAACGAGAAGAACAGCGACGCGACACAAAUUCUAAUCUCGGGAAUGGACGACAACGAGUGGUGGACAAUGGUGUGCACGGUAAGCGGCGUGGGCCUCGGGAUGUUUCUGGUGGGAAUUCUUGCCGUUUACAUUAUCUACACGAACAUACGGGGGCCGAGAUGCGUAAAGAAUAAAAGUCAUUUAGACAGAGACACCAGCCUAAGGAGGAUGGGCAGCGACAGGGAACUACCCGCGACUAUAACCACCCGUAAUCAGCGAGCAUUGCAUACGCCGCAAAGAAGGGGCAGCGACAGAAGUACUGUAUCUGAGAAAAGCGUUUAGGCGUUUAAAAACGCGAACGUGCGCUGAAAAUAAUGGGUCGCGCGAAUAGCGAGUAAAGCGAGCGCUUCUAGCGAGGAUAGAAAUUUGCUUUGAAAUAAUAGAACGUGUGCAAGAGCACAUUCGUUUUCUUGUUUCUCUGUGAACGUGUUUUCUAGUCAUUAUAAAAUAUAUCGAUAAUCUGUUAUAAUAAAUUGAACAUUGUUAUAAUAAAAUAUAAUAUAAUAUGUUAUAAUAAAAUAUUCUUUAUAAUAUGUACACAGACCUCAGUUAGCAUUUGAAUUUAUUAUCAUUUAUUUCGUGGACUCGAUAUAACGUGAAUUCCCUGUAAUUAUUAUCACUUUAUAUAACAAUAAAUCUAACUCCACGGCACUUUUCAAAAUCACAAUGCAAUAUUUGAUUCCGACAAUGUACUAACAAGCUGAACAAUCUAGCCAUAAAUGC